AUGACUGCACCUUACGAACUCAUAUAUUAUGCAGGUGCUCCUGGUAGGGGCGAACACGUUCGACUCAUACUCGAAGAGGCCGGCACCCCGUAUCAGGACACUCAAUCUCUGCCCUUUGAGAAGUCUCGCGAGACUGUCGUAACCUGGCUUUCGGGAGGAGGUCAUGGCAAUCCGCCUUACUUUGCCCCUCCUCUCUUCAAGCACGGUGACUUGGUCAUCUCCCAAACACCCAACAUUCUUUUAUACCUCGGACCCAAGCUCGGACUUGCUGGUGACCGAGAGAACGACCUCUACCGAGUCAACGCCCUCGUCCUGACGGCUCUCGAUGGCCUCAGCAACGAAGUUCAUGAUACCCACCAUCCUAUAUCCACAAUGCUGUACUACGAGGACCAAAGGGAGGAAAGCAAGCGCAGAAGUAAAGAAUUCAUCCAGAAUCGCCUCCCACUUAUCCUGUCGUAUUGGCAAAAGGUGCUAGAUGCCAGCAGCCAAGAGCGCGGAGAAGGACCCUGGCUGUUGGGAAAGACCUUUACUUACGCCGAUCUAGUCUUAUUUCAGUGUCUUGAUGGUACAAACUACGCUUUUCCCAAAGCCAUGAGGCAAGCCAGAGACAGUGGCAAGUUUGACAAGGUAUUCGGGCUAUGGGAGGCCGUACGAGCUCGACCAAAUGUAUCAGCGUACCUAUCUAGCGAUAGGAGACAAAAGUAUACGGAGUGGGGAGUUUACCGACACUAUGAGAACAAUGAUUUUACUGCGGAAUAG